CUUUCUGUUUUCUUUAUUUGCAACUUCCAAAUUAUUCCAUUUCUCCUGGGGAGUGCUUUUUAUUGCUGCUUCUUGUUGUGCUUCUGAGCAAUUUCACUGCGCGUUUUGCAAAAUUUGUCUGAUUGUCGUUGUCGAUCUGCCAGAUCUCUCUUGCUGCUCCAAUGGCGAAUCAAUGUGCUGCUGCUGAUGCUCCUUCAACUAGGCCGUUGAUAACUCACGUCAUUUUCGAUAUGGACGGCCUUUUACUCGACACGGAGAAAUUCUACUCAGAAGUCCAAGAGAUUAUCCUUGCUAGAUACAAUAAAACAUUUGAUUGGUCACUUAAGGCUAAAAUGAUGGGCAAGAAAGCAAUAGAAGCUGCUCGAGUUUUUGUAGAAGAAACUGGAAUCAGUGACAAACUCUCGGCUGAAGAUUUUCUUGUAGAAAGAGAGGACAUGCUGCAAAAUAUGUUCCCAACAAGUGAACUCAUGCCAGGGGCUGAUCGUUUGAUCCGCCAUCUUCAUGCAAAUGGAAUACCUAUUUGUGUUGCAACAGGGACUCACAAGAGGCAUUUUGAAUUGAAAACACAAAGACACCGCGAGCUCUUUUCUCUUAUGCAUCAUAUUGUUCUUGGCGAUGAUCCAGAAGUUAAACAAGGGAAACCUGCACCCGACGGGUUCCUUGCAGCAUCCAGAAGAUUUGAGGGUGCACCAAUCGAUCCCAAUAACAUUCUGGUUUUUGAAGACGCACCCUCGGGUGUCCAAGCAGCCAAGAACGCUGGCAUGUCAGUUGUUAUGGUUCCUGAUCCAAGACUGGAUAGUUCAUACCAUCAAAUUGCAGAUCAAGUUCUUCACUCCCUGUUGGACUUCAAUCCAAGUGAAUGGGGUUUGCCUCCUUUCGACAAACCUGCAGCCUAACCUCGUUCCGAUCAAAUCGAGGUACCUAAGCUCAUCCUUGAUUUUUAUCAAUUCCUUGCACUAAAUUAAGGUUGAUUAUGAUAUUGAAUGAGGUAUCAUUCUUUGUUCCAUUUAUUGGAGUAUUGUUUCUUAAAAUAAAAAAAAAAAAAAAUGAAAAUCACAUUUAAAUUAUGUGGGGGCAUAAGUAAGGUAAAUGCUGGGAAGUAUUGAAUCUUAAUUAAAUAUUUAAUUAAUGUUGCUAAUGACACUGGGCUUGUGUAAUAAUUCAAUAAUUAAGUCCUAGCACAUGCAUUAUAUA